GUGUCAAUCUACAACUAUAAUAUCUCCAAAACAUAUCACUAAACAGAGAAACAAACUAGCAAAAACCUUAAACCUGAAACGAACUUAUAAUAUCGUAUCAAAUAUACCAUAUAUUCGUGAUUAUUCUAAUUGUCUAUGAUGCAGCGCAUUCACGUUGAUAGCUCGGCUCCAAAGUACCAAAGUGGCAAAUGGUCCUGGGACAAGAAAAGUGAAGCAUUGCGCUUUGAACAAUAUUUUGAUUUGGAUGACGCAGAUGAACGUUACAUAAACACAAAUGGAUACAAGUUUCUUCGCACUUUUACUCAAGAGGAGGAGUUGAUCUUUCGACAGGUGUUUGUCCGUCCCGAUACCUCGUACGACGCGGACACGGUGAUGAUCAACGAUGUACGGGAUCUGGUGCUCUUUUUAAUGCCGAAAGAGUUUUUGCACAUUAAGUUUCUUGAAUUUAUGCACCAGCCUUUAGUUCAUAGACUAUUGCAUGGUUUAAUUAUCUACUUUGAAUAUUUUCUGCGUUUGGUAGAAUUUGUGCUGAUCCGUCGGGAUGAGAUAGCUGGCGAAAUGGCCCAGAUGCAAAGCGAGCAGACGAACGAAAUUAAGCGAAUAUGGUCUUCCUACUUAAGCCAGUAUCGCAUUCUAGUUGCUCGAGAUUACAGCACAAUCAUAACGGGUGAAGGUGAUUUCAAAAAGUUUUACCAUACGAAAGAAAUCGUCAAUAUAUCUUCUAAGAUCAAGGACCGAUAUUUUCACGAGCAGUUUCUUGCUGUCGCCACUCAGAUCGUUUGGAUCACGAUGCACAGGAGGGCUUAUUACUUAAUUGAGAUGGAAAUGAACCGACUUUUUCGAUCUGAACAUUUUAUAGCGAAUCGACCGGAGUAUCUGAAGUUCUCACCCGCAGAGCGAUGUUUGCUCUAUGGACGCAACAAUAAGUUGGUCAACUAUCAGAAGCAGACCUCACCAUUAAUUCAAGAGCUCAAAAAUAUUGUCGAUGAGGAUAUGCCUAUCCUAUGGAUAGGUGAGCGCAGGUAUCGUGGCUCGGAUCCCCGCAUAGCCGAGCUCGAGCUUGAGUAUAUGGUGCCCGGGCUACAGCUGCGAUUGAUCGAUAUAGCACACGGCAUUUUGGGUCACCCAAAGAUGUUGUAUAAUACUCUCCUCUCGGUGGACUGGCCUUCGGUUCGCUAUUCCAAUUUUUCUUCAGAGCACGACCCCUAUCACAUUGUAGGCCAGCCGAAUCUGCGCAUACCCAACAUUGACGAGGCGGAGUUGCGCAAAAUGUCUCAGAACUUGGAAAGGUUCUAUAAGGUUUUUCGUAUUUAUGAGCCAACAAAGCGUGAAACGCUCAUGAACUGGUCCAAACGCGAGAAGAUAAUUAACUAUUAUCACACUGGUGGAAUUUUGCAAAAUAUUUAUACGCGUUGCGAGAAGCAAUUGGUAAUCGAUGAAAAAAGGCCUGAAGUUGAGCAGGUUGUUAGCAACUUUUUGGAUGUUAUGCAAAAGCUUCGAAAGGGUAAAAACUGAAUUUCGAAAAAUAUGUGAGAAUGGACCAAGAAAAUCCUCUUUCCCUCUUUGUACAGAGAUGAUCUUAUUCCUAGAAAGCUUCACAUUACUUUGAUUGUUUCUGCAUUUUACGUUCGAAUUCAAUUGAAAUAUAUUUUUUUCUACUUUUA